UACACAUCCUUUUUGAGAGAUGUUUGUAGUGAUUGUAAAAUAUGGCCUUGGUCAUUAUGAACAAUACAUUAUCUGAUGCAAUAUUUCUAAUUUGGACUAGGGAUGUUGGUGUAGCUGUAGCUUUCUUGUAAGCUGUUACCUCCAAACACACUUCUGAUUGGAUGUUACGCCCCUUAUAUUGCGUUGUUCAGUAGUGCAAAUGACAGGAACACAGCAGGCAACAAUUAAGUUAAAUCCUUGUGUCUGACUGUUCCUUUUCCGAGCAUAUUUGUCAUUAAUCAUUGUGAUCACUUGAGAGCUGCUCAAGUAAGUAUAGGCCCUGAUACAAGUGGGUGGAUUUAGGCAGGGUGUAGCUGUGGAGUAUCUUUACAUUAUGCUCUAUAUAGUUGCAGAGUCUGGCAGUGAGAAUGCGAUGGAGCCAUCUGUAUCUCCAAAAGAAGAUGAGAUUCAACUGGGAGGACAAGUUCGACUUCGUAAAGAGGCCUGGUCCAGCAUAAAAAAUAACAGUCCAGAAGCGUCCGUGCAUUCACAUCACUCAAGAAAUGGUUACUGUUUUCCAUCAGUGCUGGUACGUCCGAUAUGGCCAAGAUGGAGAUGGAGCGUUUACUCCGAGAGGCCCAGGCUGAGAAGCAGAGACUCCUCGAGCAUCGGUUGAAGAGAAGAAAUAUGAGAGCUCUGAGGUGCUAAAGAACGACAUACUCUGCAGCAUCACAAGUAGCUACCUCAUUACGGACUUUGGUGGAGAAGGGUGCUUUGCCAAAGUUGCCAAGGGUGUGAAUUUAAUCACAUCGCAGGACGUGGCCCUCAAAAUCCUGCAUACUGAGGAGACCGCUGAAAGAGAGAUCAAAAUGCUCGAAAUACUGAGCGUUCUUGACCCAGUCAAGAAGAAUGUGGUUCGGUUCUUCGAAAAGUUUUACCACAAAGGACAUACCUGUCUGGUUUUCGAAAUGCUUGACAGAUGUCUUUAUCAGCUGCUCGAAGAACGAGACUGGAAGCCACUGUCUCUCUGUGAGAUACGGCCGAUAACGCACCAGUUGCUGACGGCCUUUGACGCACUGAAGGGUAUAGGCGUCGUUCACUCAGACCUGAAGCCGGACAACGUAAUGCUGGCGAACCACGACACUGAGCCCUUCAGAGUCAAACUCAUUGAUUUUGGCCUUUCCUUCGCUACCCGAGAAGAGGCACGUGGGAUGUCAAUUCAGCCUCUGGGUUACAGGGCGCCUGAAGUCAUCCUGGGCCUUCCCGUGUCCGAGGCCAUAGACAUGUGGAGUCUUGGCUGCCUGCUCGGGUUCUUGUACCUCGCCGAACACCCGUUUGCGAUAAACUGCGAGUACCAGUCGAUGAAAGGCAUUGUAGACGUUCUGGGCCAGCCAGCUGACCACCUCCUCAGUGCUGGGGACUACACCCACAAGUUUUUUACGGCGAACCAGCACUGGGACAACCCAAGAUGGUGGAUGAAGACCCCAAGGGAAUACCAGCUUGGCACUGGAAUUGAGCCCGAAACAUGGAAGAGCGCUCUUAGAAGUCUGGAUGACCUGAUGACACAUGACCCAGAGACACAGGAAUCCAUCGAGCUAGUGGAUCAAAGAGCAUUCGUCAGCCUCCUGAAGAGCCUUCUAAACACUGACCCAGAGAAGAGGAUCACUCCGGGGAAGGCUCUCGAGCACCCCUUUGCCACAAUGGCUCAUCUGAUGGACGAUAUAGAGACCAGCUUGUAUGUGGAGGAUUGUUUGGAGAAAAUGGCGGUCUUACCGAUGGAUGACUUGGACGAAGACCUAUCUCCAGACAAUGAGGCUGAGGAAGAGCCCAGAGUUGAAGAGCCUUCAGCCACACCUCCUCCUAAUGAUGCAGGCUCAGCCGUCAUUCGUUCCUGUGACGGCAUUAAAAACACGCCUCACUCAUCUGAGGGACUGGAAGCUGCUGCAGAAACAGACGCUGCCGGCUCAGCUGUAGAGGAACUAGCUGUUAGCCGAGGGCAAGCCAGUCCAGCUGAUGGUGAGGCUCAGGAAGAGCCCAGAGGUGAAGAGCCUUCAGCCACACCUCCUCCUACUGAUGCAGGCUCAGCUGUUAUUCGCUCCUGUGACGGCGGCAUUAAAAACACGCCUAACUCAUCUGAGGGACAGGAAGCUGAUAUAAAAACAGACGCUGCUGGCUCAGCUGAACAGGAACUAGCUGUUAGCCAAUGUCCAAGCAGUCCAGCUGAGGAGACAUCAGCCAAAGACGGGUCACCUGAUGAGGGUCCACCUGCCAGAGUUAAGGAGAGUCCAUUGAAGAGGAUCAAGAAAUUCUUUGGCAGAGCAAUAAGGACCUUGUUCAAAAUGAAAAAAAAAUGAAUAAAGAAAUGUUGAAUGUCACAUUCAACAUUAAAACCCGAUAACUGGUUCUACUGUUGUGGCUGAUGGGUGUAUAAAUUUGACAUUCAACAUUUGACAGUCGUUGGAGAUUUUGGAGGAAGUCAAGUGUGAAUAGGUGUAAAAUGUCCUGGAUAGGGAGGAAAGGAGAGCAUUGUAGGUGGGGGAUAAGUGGUGUCCUAGACCUUCUCCUCUGUUGAGGGAAGGUUUCUCUACCACCCCCCCUUCUCAACACAUCCGGUAGAGGCAGAUGGCCACACACCAUGAGCCAGGUUCCGCUCGAGGUUUCUUCCCAUUAAAAGGGAGUUUUUCCUCGCCACUGUCGCAAGGAAAAACUCUGGGAAUGUUGGGUCUCUGGAAAUCAUAUUGUAAGGAGUAGUUGUAAUUGUUGUAAAGCAGCUUUGAAUUCUUGACCUGAUGUCAAUAAACAAGAAGUUCACUUGAA